GCGGAGGCGAAGACUCGCAGCCUUCUCUUCCCAGGCUGUCUGCGUGCAGGAUUCCAUUGCACCUUCCCUUGCAUGUCCGUACCGCGCCUUCCCCAGUAACCACCUCAUGGCCUCCCGGCACGCGCCGCCGCGGCUCCUGCUCCUGUCCGCGCUGCUUGCCGCUGGCCGUGCCUUCGGCCUGCUGCAGCGCCUGCCCAACGACGAGUGGCGAGAACGACUGGCGGACUCGAUCAGCAACCUGACCGCCUCCCCCGAGGACGAGUAUGAUAUCCCGUACGAGAUCCUGCUGACGCGCGGAAAGUUUGCAAACAUGGGCGCGGAGAUGGCCAGGGAGUUUAUGUUGGCGAGCGAGGUGGCAGCCGAGAAGAACAGGGAGCAGAAGACGGAGUCUAUAGUCGAGUGCCUUCCGGAGAUGCGCGCGGGUGUCGCGAGUGGGUUCUUGGAUAUCUUCAGCAAGGAGUACAAGCCAAGGUUUGUGAAUGCUUUCAGGGGUGUGGAUAUGCCAGCGUACUUCACAGUAAGCGACCACCGCUUCAAAGAGAUGUUCCGCAAUUUCCUGGUGCAUGCGCACCAAUUGACCUGUGCAUCCUCUGACCGCAUUGUGGUUGUGAACGCGGCCUUGGAUAAGGAAAGCUACCAGGAGUGCAAAGGUCUCGAAAGUGGUAUCGUUCAGCCCACCAAUGUGGUCCCUUGGACGGCAUCCAGCUUCACCCUCCGUUGCAUCGACCUUUCGGGAUGGCUGCCGCAGCAGCUGUUUGAGCAUUCGGACCAGAAAUUCUUCCAGCCGUGGUCUUGUGCGUACAACAUGCUGCUUUGGACCAGGCCGCAUAUUGCUGCAGCUGCCGUAGAGGCAGCAACACAGCCAGUCAUGAUGAUCGACACAGAUGUGAUUCUGCAUCAAAAUCUGUUGAACCUCGCGAACACGACGCUUCAGGCAUGCACGGACUGCGUGGCGAUCACAGGUCGCGAAUACCAGUCGGACAGCAAGCCAAACACUGGGACAGUGUACACCGACAAGGCAGGCCUGCCGCUGCUGAGGGAGUGGGCCAAGGCCGACCCGAUCUUCAUGAACGCGAAGGAGGGCGACCAGAGCGCGAUACAGUCGCUGAUGUCGUCGAAUGCCAGCCUGCGGGCGCAGCUGGCAGUGUUUGCCCAGGCGGAGGUCGGAGAGUGCGGGAUCGCCGGGAGCUACGCCACGCACUACAACUGCCUCACGGGCAAAAAGGAGCACAUGAUGAGGGUGGGCCACUGGGACACGCGAGUGUACCGCGAACCCGCACAGCUCCGCUGCCGCGUGGUCGGCGAGCCUGUGGAGAUGGAGCCAGACACGGGCGCCCCGCAGGGGACGGACCUCCCGAUGCCAAAGAGGAGCAGGAUCGUCGGCGGCAGGAAGGCGGGAGAGGCGGAGGGCCUCGCCCUCGUCCUCCCCGCGGGGCACCGGCAGCUGAAGUUCACGAGCGCGGCCUCCUGCCAGACGUGGUCCUGCGUCACGAACCCGGCCAGGUUUGCCACGGAUGGCCUCGUGAGCACCAUCGCCCACGUCAGCCAGCUGGGAAACUGGACGGGCGACCUCGGCACGGUGAUGCAGGUCGGGCGCGUGGAGAUCACUUUCGACUCCUGCAUGUGCCAGCCCGCGGGCUCCAUGCUCAUCGAGACGUCCUUCGACGGCGUGACCUGGAGGACCUACGGUACCCUCGGCGAGAUGAAGGUCUGGGAGGGGAGCCGGCUCGUGGCUUUCGAGCACAGGCUCAACGCCCGGUACAUCCGGGUGCGCCCCGCUGCUACGUACACCGCGAUCCCGCACCGCUCCGACCAGCGCUUCUCGCUGCGGGAGGUGGAGGCGUUCGGCACGAGCGACCUCCUCGAGGACGGGGGCCCUGGGCUCCUGGCCAUGGGCCAGCGCAGCGCGCACGGCGCCAGGGGCGGGCCCGGGGGCCGGGCCGUGCUGGCAGCGGGCCUCCAUCCCGAGGACCACGCUUGUGGGUUGGCAGCCCUGCGGCCAGAGCUGAGCAGCACCAGGCUGCCUGCGCAGGUUGGGAAGGGCGGGUCGCCGCCGCAGGGAGCGGGAGAGUGA